CAGACCCCCGCAGUGGUUGCCGCGCGCGCGGGGCCCGGCCAGUGACAGCUGUUUGCGUCUCGGUUCACCCCAAACUCCGUCCGCGUGUCUCGCACGCGUCGUGCGUGGCGAUCGCAUCACCGCGUGGGACUCGUGCACAGCAGACGUGGCCACAUCACGAGAGAUGCGCCAAGUCUCGUCGUGAGAGCCCACGCGUGGCACGUCCAAACAGGCUUCAGGGCUGCCACGUUAAACACACAUUGUUGUAGAGUACUGUGCUUACACGUCUAUGCACCCCGCCCUUCAACAACCCGCACGGAACAACGAGGUGAAGUGCGUUCAGAUAACCCCCAGCACGGGCUGGGUGCAGGAGGCCCUCAUCCAGCAGUGGAUUCACACACUGGUGGCCGUGCUUUGUAGGGUUUUUGAUUUGGGCCUUGGUUUGGGGUAAGCUUCGAGCAAGUGGCGGCUCUUCUUCUUAACCUGGGAGUGUGAGAUGCCCUUUCUGGGGGUGCGAGACGUGGCCCGAUUUGUUUAGAAGGUAAAUGAACUAAAACACAAAUUUGGCACGACCACGUGAGUCCAAGUUACUCUGUUUCGUGAACCCCGUGUAUUCAUUAACGUUGUCAUGUUUGCGAUUAAGAACCAAAGGCUUGCGUGCAAGGCUGCAGUGAUAGCGUCACAAUCCACCGAAUCGAAAUGCAUUGCCUUACAGACAGUAAUGUGAUAUUGUGUUAUUAAGGACCGUUACCCGAAACGUCGUCUAUUAUAAAUUGCUUAUUUUGAGGCCACUGUUAUCACCAUUGGAAUCUCCUUUGCCAGUAGCAAAAUAUGAUCAUUGUUUUUUUACCCUUUUAUCUGGCAACAAAACUGACACCUUUUUACUGUUUUUACUGCCACUGUUAUCGACAAAUGUUGAGUUUUUUUUUGUGAAUAGUAUUUGACAUUUGUGUUUUAUACGUCCAGAUUGGUGAAACGCCCACCACGUCCGUUGGGCAGCGAAAAUGGACAGGGGUGGCAGUACAGCAACUAGGUUUUGAGCCUGGCUUUGCGGACCUUUGAGUGUAACCCCCUCUUGUGAUGCGUGGUGGGUUUUCUCCGGUUUCCUCGCCGUCACCUCGCCCCGUGUGAUCGAGAGUUGACUGUGUAGCCAAGUCAAAGAGCCCCCUAGGGAUGAGAGCGAGUGCUCCGCUCAGACGCACUGACGCAGCCUGCUCGAGCGACGACUCGGAUCACCGGUGACCAUGCGGUUCAAGCUGCGGGCGCGGCUGCGCUGCACGCCCUUCAACAUCCUCAUCUUCCUGCUGCUCGUUGUCAUGCUCGCGCUGCAGCUCACCUACCUCGUGCUGCUGCUGCGCAUGGACGGCCACGGCGACGGCUCUUCGCCCCUGCCGCUGGCGGCCGCUUUCCUCGGCGCUAUCGUGCGGCGCUCGUCUGAACCGCUGAUUGUGGCCAACGGGAGCCUCGCCGGGGACCCCCAAGGGGCCGCGAACGCGUUGAGGGCGGCGCUGGUCGCUGCCGGCGGCGCCCCCACGCUCGAUGCCAGCGGCCGCUUUGCCAUCUUCAGCCGGCUCCUCGCGCCGGAACCGGCAACGGCCGGCGCCGGCGACACGCGGCAUGAGCUGAGUCUGGCCACCCACACGUCCGUCAAUGGGCUGCACCACCUGGAGGUGCUGCUGGAGCGAUGGGAAGGGCCCGUGUCGGUUGCCGUCUUUGCCUGCGCCAACGACACGUGGCUGGCGCUCGCUGCCAUCGCGGCGGUGCGGGGUUGCUCGCAGAAGGCGCGCGACAACGUUGCCUUUCACCUCGUGGCGUCGGCCAACGCGGGCUUCUCGUCCGCGGCGUGGGCCGAUGCUGGACAAGGGAACCGCUGGGUGGCGCCGAAGGUCGGCGCCGGCUGCACCGAGGUGUUCGCGUGGCUCGGCAGCGAGGCGGUGCAGGGCGCACGCAGGAACUACGCGCUUGACGGCGGCGUGCCCUACCCCAACAACCUCCUGCGCAACGUGGCACGAGCCGGUGCCCGCAGCCGGCACGUGCUCGUGGUGGACGUGGACAUGGUGCCCAGUGUCAACCUCCACCGGGACUUCUUGUCCAUGCUACGACGGGAAGAUGGAGGCGGUGGUCGUGACCGAUCGAUUGUGUUCGUGGUGCCGUCAUUUGAGAUACGCCACUCGCGCCGCGUGCCAGACACCAAGGUGGAGCUCCUGCGCCUCCUCGGGGCACUGGAGUUGCGGCCGUUCUACGACGAGCUGUGCCGCAAGUGCCAGGCUCCCACCGACUAUGCACGCUGGGCGGCGCUGCCUCCCGUGCCAGGACUGGCGCCAGCGUACGAGCUGGAGUGGCGCGACCCUUGGGAGCCGUUUUACAUCGGCCUGAGCACCGUGCCGCCGUUUGACGAGCGCUUUCAGCAGUACGGCUUCAACCGCAUCAGCCAGACAUGUGAGCUGCACGUCGCUGGAUACCGCUUCGCCGUGCUGGACAACGCCUUCCUGGUCCACCGCGGCUUCAAGCUGCCGGGAGAGUUCCACGCUGGCAAGGAGGCCGAGCAAGAACGCAACCGCAUCCUCUUCCGCCGCUUCAAGCAGGAACUGAAGUUGCGCUACGCCGACUCCCCCCGCCGCUGCUGAGCGACCGUCAUCCUUCACCAACAUCGGCAUCAUCUGGGGGAAGGGGGGGGCGGGCAGCACCACUUUACAAUUUUGCCGACGGCCAUGGCGGAGUGGGGAGCAUGAGGGUGGAGGCGAUGCUGUUGAUGUUAAAUAAUGAACACAGUGCACAGCCAUCGUGGAGGUGCUGUAGCUGAGGGAUAGGACACCUGGCGGCCGAGUUUUAACACGUGAAAGGACACGGCUCAAAUCCCUGCCUCGGACUACAGAGCACGCAGUACAGCGUUUUCACCGAGCCAUACUGAAAAUGUAUGAGUGCUAUUUAAUUUAUCUUAAAAAUCAUAAGUAGUUUAAAAGUAAUGAUAAUUUGUUUACCAUGGAAAUUACAUCAGUUAGCUUAUACUGCUCCUGACCACGUGGAUGUUUAGUGGGGGGACUCCAUGCCCCCUCCCCCACAAUCAUGCUGCCCGUUAUCACCACCGCCAGUGUCGCAGUGAUGCCGUGAUGACACGACUGCCAAAAACACGUAAACUUGUUAGUUGAUUAAAAUGGCUAUUAUUCAAUAUUAGAGCUCUAAAAAAAGCAAUGGAUAUGUCCAAUGACAGUUAUUUAAGUAACUAGAUGUGGUGACACAUGCUUGUAAUCCAGUUAUUUUAGAGGCACUGGUUGAUAGUUGUGAACAGUGUGAGGUGGUCAAGAGGUAGCAGCAUAGAAAGUGGGUUUAAGAACCUGUCCUUAUGGCACUUUGUUAAGUUCCCACACCUCCGCUUAACGUACGGCGUGAAAGUAGUUCAACAUACAUCCACUCAACUGAAAAGUCAACACAUUUGUCAACGUUAUGAAUUGGAUUGGCUAAACAUCCCAAUACAGCAGGACCCUCAGGGUAUUGUGUAUGAAUAACAAUACAAAUAUACUAAUUAUAAGCUUUGUGUCAUGGUAUUACAGUGCUAUUUUUAUAUUUUAAUGACCUUGUUAACACAAUAGUAAUUCAGUCGUCACCCUGACAAACCCACAAGACCCCACUUGCUGUCCUUCGCUGGUGCAAAUGGACACAAACCAAUCCUCAACAUUACAUGACAUUCGACAGAAAAGUAUGGUGAUAUAAGAUAUGAUGGUACAGCUAAACCUUUAAUCUUAAUUGCACAUUUGCUCUCUAUAAAUUACCUUUUUGCAUGGACUGUACUAUUAUGUGUCAACAUAUACAGCAGCGACCUUCCUGGCCUCUGGCCUGUAAAACAUUGUAAAUGUGAAUUCAGUGUUAUCAUAAAUGGCACCGAUGACCAGAUCACCUGAAAUAUAUCUCAUGUAAUCGUAUCUGAGAAGCUAAGCAGGUUUUAACGUGAAUAAUAGUUUGAUAAGUGACCACCGUGCACACCGGGUUGUCAGGCUGACGUGGACUUGUGCUUUGUUGUGGGCAGUGCAGCAAAAUCUGUUGUACUGAACUGUGCUUCCACGUCUCUGAUACCCCACCUUCGAUCUACACUUAUCAUUGUGGUAAAGUAUGGUUACAUAACGCACCUUAUCCAUCAGUGGAGAGGCCCUCGCCCAGCAGUGUAAUGACUAUGGGGCUGUACGUGUCUAUAAUAGAUGGUAACACAAGUAUCCGUAAUCCUAGCUUGACUUUAAAUUACUGAUCGAAAAUUGUUGAUGUACAUGUGCUGUCGGACACCAACAUCCAAACCCGCUCUCCAACUCCCUAGAAACACUGCCAUAUAAAGCAAUGUUUUCAUUGAUGUAAAAAGGAUAGUUUUUUAGUAUGACGUGUGAUGCACUGUAUUUUUCCCUCGAUUUGACGAUGACGUUUCAGGUGCCGUGAUGUAUGGCUGUUUGUGUUUUAGUUUAUGGAAUAACCCCGCGGUUUUCCCUAAUGACUAUUUAAUAAAUUAUUUUAUCAACAAAACUUUGUAAUUCUAUGCACUACCUACAAAAAAACAAUGGUGGCAAUUGGUGCUGUGAGCUCGUGGGAAAUUAGACCACAUAGCAAAAUCACCUCCACAAAAUCACUCAAUUCCCGAUCCGACCAGAUCUCAGUGGGAUUGAUCUCGUUAGUCUUGGGAUGGGAGACUCUCCGGGAACUCCAGGCUAUGCAGGCUGUGAGGUGUGUGCGGAGUCUUGCCAUCUCAUACAUGAGCAGUUUUUUUUUUCUCACGUGCUCUGGUUUCUCUCACUUAGACUUAACACUCAGUCAUGGAAUUGGACAAAUAUCCUGAUGCAAUACCCACCUCAAAUAAGUGUCUUUGGGGAAAAUGGUGGAAGUUACAGCAUGAGGCCAUAUUUUAAUA